CUUUACCGAGUUGAUUCGGCUUAGCCGUGGACAUCUCCCUAGACAUUUCUCGUUGAAUCUGUAAAAUAGAGUACAUAACAUCGACUUGUGCUGGGUGAGGUUUUUGCGGUACCAUAUUGUUGCCCGGAGGCCUGUCUCAUACAAUGGCGUCUCAACCUCUUCCCAAGGUGCUUAUGUUCGAUAUUGGCGGCGUUUGUGUCGUCUCGCCCUUCCAGGCCAUUCUAGACUAUGAGGUCGAGCGUGGCAUUCCGAAAGGCUACAUCAACUAUUCGAUACGAGAACUUACACCGAAUGGAGCGUGGCACAAACUAGAGCGCGGCGAGGUCCCGAACGACGCCAACUGGAUCCGUAUGUUCAAGGCCGACCUCGAACGGCCAGAACUCUGGGCGAAGUUCCACCGCGAAAAGCACAACAACGCCAACCCGCCGCCGGUGCCAGACAUCGACGCCGAGGCACUGUACUGGACCAUGAUGAGCAUGUCUCGCAAUCCCGACCCGUACAUGUAUCCGGCCCUCCAAAAGCUAAAAGCAUCUGGCAAGUUCAAACUGGCGGCUCUCUCAAACACCACAGUGUUCCCCGAAGGCCACGAGUUCAACAAGGUCGGCCCCAACGACGUGAGGCAUUUCUUCGAGAUUUUUGUCAGCAGUGCUCACGUGGGCAUGAGGAAACCGAAUCGCGACAUAUACGAGUACGCCUUGGGUCAAAUACGCCAGACGUGGGGUCAAGAUAUUAGAAAUGAAGAUGUCGUUUUCCUGGACGACAUUGGGGAGAAUCUCAAGAUGGCGCGGAGUCUUGGUGUUCGGACCAUCAGGGUCUUUCUCGGACGAACCCAAGAAGCGGUCAAAGAGCUGGAACAAGUGACGGGUCUGAGUUUGUUGGCUGAGGGUGAGCCAAAGGCCAGAUUAUGAGCGUGGACCGUUUGAGCUCGUGGACGAAAUACACGGAGUUCCGGGUCAUGCUUUGGUAAACAUCGGGGUAAGCCAAUUCUCGACAAUAGACAGACCACGUAACAACAGUAGAACCAAAGAUCGGGUAUGUGCGAUUGCUAUGUGUUC